AUGGCUGUUUUUGGAUUCAUGUACAUGAUUCCCCUCGUCACGAGCGGACCAGCGAUGGGGCAGUAUUGGCCUAUCAUUGAUCGGAAAUGCGCCGACCACUGGUGGAGGAUCCUCACCAUGACUCACAAUUAUAUGGAGGGACCCGAAGACCUGUGCAUGGCGCACUACUGGUACAUCUCCACGGACUUCCAACUGGCCAUCGUGAGCACCAUUAUUCUUGCUCUGGUCACACCUAGGUGGCCAAAGGUAGGCCUUGGCAUCAUGGCUACCCUCGUUGCUGCGACCUGCAUCGCUGCAGGUGUUCUAACUUACGUGAACCGCUAUUUUCCCCAUCCCUUGAUCCUCACAACUGACUUCAGUCGUCUGACCGUCACGCUGAUGCACGUCUACACCAAGUCGUACGUACACGCCCCGUCCCUCUUCACUGGACUCAUCUUCGGCUGCCUGGCCGCCAAAGCGCACAAGCUGUCUCGUAAGGCAGAGGUGCUCUUGUGGACGGUGUCCGUUCUUUUCGCCACGUCGUCGCUGUUCGGAGUCUACAGCUGGAACAUCGGCCGCCAGCCGGAACUCCUCGAGUCUGCAAUUUACGCCGGCCUGCACCGGUUCGCCUGGGCCUUCGGCGUCUCCUGGGUCAUGUACGCCUGCGUCACGGGCCGCGGUGGACCGGUCAACAGGAUGCUCGCUUUUCCCCUGUUCUACCCGCUCGGCCGCCUGUCCUUUGCAGUGUACCUCGUCCACUUUAUGCUGCUCGUCUGCAACGUCCUCCUCAGCCGGGAGCGCCAGCCUCAACAGCCCUUUCUCCAGAUGCAGUAUCACAUCUCGACAGUCCUGGUGUCGUAUGCCCUAGCCACAAUUGUGUACCUGUGCGUCGAGUGUCCUUUCGCCGUCCUGGACAACCUCAUGUUCGGCGGAAUGAAGGCCAAAUAUGACGCCCAGGUCGCCGCUUCCAUUCGCCAGAACGGGCCCCAGGAACCGAACGAAGCUGCGCACGUUACGAACGCUGGACCGAACAGCGGUGCUCAAGGUGGCAGUGUCCACCUCAGAGACUCGGAACGCCAGAACAACCUCGACGGAUGCAGCGCAAAACAAGGCAGCGUUUCUCAGGCUGAACUGUGCCAGAACCAAUUUAGUGCAAGUCAAAACGGAACUUAUCAGGGUAACAUGAACGAGAGGUGUACGAACGGUUCGACAUUCAUUUGCCACCUUUGA